AUGCUUCGAUCUCACAAUCUCCUCGCCCUCUGCGGCAUCAUCCUUUCUCUCUCCAACAAAGUCCUCGCGGGCUUCGACCCCACCGCCUCAAACAACAUCGCCGUCUACUGGGGCCAAAACUCCAUCUCACUCACCUCGGGCGGCCAGCAACGCCUCUCCUACUACUGCGCCAACACCCCCAUCAACAUCAUCCCCCUCGCCUUCCUCUACACGAUCAAGACCCCCUCCACGACAAUCAACUUUGCCAACGCGGGCGACAAUUGCACCCUCUUCUCCGGUAGCCAGCUCCUCUCCUGCCCUCAGCUCGAAGAAGACAUCCAAACCUGCCAGACGGCCCACAACAAAUCUAUACUCUUGUCUAUCGGGGGAGCAACUUACACCGAAGGGGGUUUUUCCUCCCCUGCCGAGGCGGUCCAGAUGGCGGGGGCGGUAUGGGAGAUGUUUGGACCGAAGAAGGAGGGGUCAAAGGUGGAGAGACCGUUUGGGGAUGCGGUGGUGGAUGGGUUUGAUAUUGACUUGGAGGCUGUGGCGGUGAAUAUGGUUGAUUUUGUGGGGGAGUUGAGGAGGUUGAUGGAUGCGGAUGGUGGGAAGAAAAAGUUUUACAUGAGUGGUGCGCCGCAGUGCCCGUUUCCUGAUGCGGCGAUGGGGGGGUUGAUGGAUGGGGCUUCUGGGGGUGGUGAUGGGAAGGGUGAGAGCCAGUUCAACUUUGAGAGGUGGGAUCGGUGGGCUAGGGAGGAGAGUAAGAACAAGGGGGUGAAGGUUUUGUUGGGGGUGCCGGGGAGUCAGGCGGCGGGGAGGGGGUAUGUGAAUGGGGAGGUGUUGAAGGGGGUGGUGGAGUACGUGAAGGGGUUUGAGAGUUUUGGGGGGGUGAUGAUGUGGGAUAUGUCGCAGGUUUAUGGGAAUACUGGGUUCUUGGACAGUAUCCAGGCUGCGCUGGGGAGUGAUGGCCAGUCGUCUGGUCAAGGAUCCGGUCUACCGCCCACGCAAACAGCCAGCCAAACAACGAUUUCAACCAGUCUAUCAUCCAGCCAACUAGCUAGCCUCCUGUCUAGCCUACUAUCCAGCCAAACGGCAUUCGUUACCAUUACAACUACUGUUGUUUUCAGCGCGACAGCAACUGAAUUUUCCACGGAAGAGGUCCCAUCGCCUACGACGGCGUCUGUCAAGUCUACAUCGGGCUCGUCAACCCCGACUGGCACACCGGUGCCUCACUGGGGAACAUGUGGUGGGAUAUACCACCUGGGAUCGACGGUUUGUGAAUCUCCAUAUCAAUGUGUCGUGUUAAGCGUGUGGUAUUCACAAUGUCUUUGA